AUGACUUCACAAUUCGACGCAUUCUAUCGUGGGGCAUCACCUUUCCCAUCUCCCAACGAGAGAGAUGGAGAAAGCGUUUUCUCUUUCGGAUCAAACUUGCCGACUCCGUUCACUCCUGUGGACGAAGUCGACCCACUUGAGAAAACCACAAUAUCAGAGAUACUAGCAGCCCCAAUCCCUCAAAAUGUCUUCGCUGCAAAAGGAUCGGAGUUUGUGCACAAUUGGCCGUCGACCAUCUCUCAACGUAUCGAGAACAUUGCAAUUGAGCAGCCCAAUGCCGUGGCGAUCCAAGAGAGUUGUGGUAAAUCAAUGAGCUACCAAGAGGUCAUGGGGCAAGUCAAUAGAGUGGGAUCUUCUCUUUUGGGUCAUAGAGUCAGGCCGGGUUCAAUGAUCGCCGUCCUCUGCGAGCCAACCUGGGAGUACAUCUGCGCGCUCCUCGCUAUCCUGCGAUUGGGGGCAGUGUAUGUACCUUUGGAUAACCUGCACCCCAACGAUCGCUUGGCCGUCAUUGCGAAUGAUUGCAAAGCUGAGGUAAUCAUCUGCCAGGACUCCACGGUAGCAAGGGUUCCAGCUAUGAAUCUUUCUGUACCUAUCAUCAACGUGUCAAAUCUCUCAUCUUCUCGCGAAGUCCCGAUCGAUGUGGCCUACGACGGCACUGCUUUUGUCCUCUACAGCAGCGGCACAACUGGCACCCCCAAAGGCAUAAUGCUUUCACAGCGAAACGCAUUGAACCAGCUCGUCGGCUGGCACCAUCUCUUUGAGCAUUCAAAAGAGCGAAUCCUCCAACAAGCUGCCCUUGGCUUCGACGCUUCUCUCUUUGAAGUACUCUACGCUUUCGCGUAUGGUGGUGUCGUCUUACUCGCCAACAAAGAGAUCCGUAAUCAGCCGCUCGACCUUGCGAAAUUCAUGCUACAGGAGCAAGCUACCUAUACGGUCGCUGUCUGUUCAGAAUACGUGGCACUAUUGCGUUACGGGGGAGAGAUUCUAAAGCAGUGCAAAUCAUGGAAAUAUGCUUUCAGUGGUGGUGAACGCUUAACGGCGAGUCUCAAAGCGCAGUUCCGUUCAAUCGGAUUGAUGGACCUAAAGCUCAUCAACAUGUAUGGUCCGACAGAAAUCGCUUAUUGCUCUGCAUACGGUAUCGUUCCGUAUCACGAUGAAGACAUAUGGGAUAAUAAGAACGGUAGCCGCGUUGGUGGCAUGUUUCCAAACUAUUCCCACUACAUCUGUGAUGAAAAUAUGCAGGCUCUGCCACCAAACACUCCUGGCGAGAUCUGUGUUGCAGGCGUCGGCGUUGGGCUAGGGUAUCUGAACCCAGAGCAGAGCGCAAAGAAGUUUUUAGUCGACAAAUUUGCCACCGAAAAGGAGCUGAGACGAGGCUAUGGCCGACUGUACAGAAGCGGUGAUAAGGGUCAGAUGUUAGAAGACGGGACACUGAUGUUCCUGGGCCGUAUGGAAGGUGAUGCACAAGCUAAGCUCAACGGCGUUCGCGUGGACCUCGAAGACGUCGGUAACACUAUCCUAACACACGCCAAAGGUGUUCUUUGUGAGGUAGUCGUAAUGGUGAGAGGAACCAUUGAUCCGUUCAUGGUGGCUUUCGCAGUUCUCGAAGAUCAACGACCUCUUGAUCAGGCUCAAGAAUAUCUGAGGACCCUUCUCACCAGCAUGCCAAUUCCACUGAAUAUGCGCCCGGCAAUCAUCAUCCCACUUGAUUCUAUGCCUCGAAACGUAAACGGAAAGGUAGACAAGAAGGCCCUCGCCAGAAUGACGUUGCCGCAACAAUCUACACCGCGAAGCAAAGAAGAGCUCACCGUCGCAGAAGCCCAGUUGAAGGCACUCUGGUCUAGCAUUCUCUCCGAUGGGAAGCUUGGUUUCCAGAUCACCAGAUCCACCGAUUUCUUCGACGUAGGGGGCAAUUCCAUUCUGAUGAUCAAUCUCCGAACCCUCAUCGCCGAAAGUUUCGGGGCAAAUGUCUCUCUGCACGAUCUCUUCGACAACACCACUCUAAAACGCAUGGCUCGCAGGAUCGAAAAAACAUCUACCGAGAGCAGCACCUUCGAUCAAAUUGACUGGAACCAAGAGAUCGAGGUGGCUCUAGGUCAGCUUCAACCAACACCCAGCCAAGUCAUCCUUCUUAUCGGUGCCGAGAACUUCAUCGGCGAGUCAAUUCUCCACUACCUUGCGGCCGAUCCCACCGUGCGCGAGAUUCAUUGCCUCGCCAUGCCCUCUGAAGCCUCCCCGUCUAAUGAAACUGCAUCUCCGAAAAUCAUCCACCACACUGGCGUCCUCUCUUCACCCUCCUUCUCACUCUCCCCAACCCUCGCCUCCUCCCUGGCGCAAAAAGCCACGCAAAUAAUCCACGCCGGCGCCUCCUUCUCCUUCCUAAAACCCUACCAGACCCUGCGCGCCUCCAACGUAUCAUCCACCCUCUCCGCCAUCCAACUCUCCCUCCUCAGCGACACCCCCAACAGAGUCCCCGUGCACUACAUCUCCACGUCCGCGGUGAAGAAGUUCUCCGAGGGGGUUACUGGAGGCUUGGAACGACGGCGCUCCUCGCUCUCGCUAUCUGAGCCGCCUACUGAUGGCAGCGAUGGGUAUGUCGCCUCGCGAUGGGCGAGCGAGCAGCUUUUGGAAGCUGCGGCGAGGAAGUAUGGGAUUGAUGUGCAGAUCCAUCGGAUAGCGGGGGUGACGUCUGAGAAGGCGCCCGAGACGGAUCUGCUGAAUGCUGUGCUCAAGUAUUCUAAGGUUUCGAAGACGGUUCCUGAUUUGGAGGGGUGGGAGGGAAAGUUUGAUUAUCAGCCUUUGGAAUUGGUGGCAGGGAAGCUGGUCAAAGAGGUAUUAGGCGGUGCAAGGGAGGGAGGGGAGUUUGGGGGGAGACGAGGGGUGGCUGUGGGGCUGAAGACGUAUAAGAGUGGGAAGGGCGUGCUGGCUGUGGAGUUGGGGGCGAAAUUGGAAGAGGAGACGGGGGAGAAGUUCGAGAAGGUCGAGUUGCAGAAUUGGGUCCUCGAGGCCAGCAGAUCUGGGAUGAACCAUUUGGUUGCGAGCUAUCUGAAUAUACUAAGCAAAUUGUGCCAGGGGUUCAUAUACCUACAUCAUAUCGACUAG